AUGGCCAUCAUGAAGGCCCUCCUUUGGCUCUCCCUUUCCCUCGCCGUCUGGGCGACUCCAGUUCAACGGGAUGCAGCUCCUACUGUCACUAUUGCGCAUCCAUCGGCCACCGUCAUUGGAAAAUCUGGCAAUGUCGAGAGCUUCAACAAUAUUCCCUUUGCGCAGGCCCCCACAGGCUCGCUGCGUCUGAAGCCCCCACAACCCUUGGAAACUGCCCUCGGCACUGUUCAGGCCACAGGAGCCUCGCAAUCGUGUCCGCAGAUGUACUUCACCACGGAUGAGAGCGAAUUCCCGACAUCGGUCAUUGGCCUCCUCGCUGAUCUCCCUUUGGUACAGUCGGCUACCAAUGCUCUCGAGGAUUGCCUGAACAUUGACAUUCGGCGUCCGGCCGGGACCACCGCGGACUCGAAGCUGCCUGUGCUGGUCUGGAUCUUUGGCGGAGGCUUUGAACUUGGUUCAAAGGCGAUGUAUGAUGGUACAACGAUGGUAUCAUCGUCGAUAGACAAGAACAUGCCUAUCGUGUUUGUAGCAAUGAAUUAUCGCGUGGGAGGUUUCGGGUUCUUGCCCGGAAAGGAGAUCCUGGAGGACGGGUCCGCGAACCUAGGGCUCCUGGACCAACGCCUUGCCCUGCAGUGGGUUGCCGACAACAUCGAGGCCUUUGGUGGAGACCCGGACAAGGUGACGAUUUGGGGAGAAUCAGCAGGAGCCAUUUCCGUUUUUGAUCAGAUGAUCUUGUACGACGGAAACAUCACUUACAAGGAUAAGCCCUUGUUCCGGGGGGCCAUCAUGGACUCCGGUAGUGUUGUUCCCGCAGACCCCGUCGAUGGGGUCAAGGGACAGCAAGUAUAUGAUGCGGUAGUGGAAUCUGCAGGCUGUUCCUCUUCUAACGACACCCUAGCUUGUCUGCGUGAACUAGACUACACCGACUUCCUCAAUGCGGCAAACUCCGUGCCAGGCAUUUUAAGCUACCAUUCUGUGGCGUUAUCAUAUGUGCCUCGACCGGACGGGACGGCGUUGUCGGCAUCACCGGACGUUUUGGGCAAAGCAGGGAAAUAUGCUCGGGUCCCGUUCAUCGUGGGCGACCAAGAGGAUGAGGGGACCUUAUUCGCCUUGUUUCAGUCCAACAUUACGACGAUCGACGAGGUGGUCGACUACCUGGCCUCAUACUUCUUCUAUGACGCUAGCCGAGAGCAGCUUGAAGAACUAGUGGCCCUGUACCCAGACACCACCACGUACGGGUCUCCGUUCAGGACAGGCGCGGCCAACAACUGGUAUCCGCAAUUUAAGCGAUUGGCCGCCAUUCUCGGCGACUUGGUCUUCACCAUUACCCGGCGGGCAUUCCUCUCGUAUGCAGAGGAAAUCUCCCCUGAUCUUCCGAACUGGUCGUACCUGGCGACCUAUGACUAUGGCACCCCAGUUCUGGGGACCUUCCACGGAAGUGACCUGCUGCAGGUGUUCUAUGGGAUCAAGCCAAACUAUGCAGCUAGUUCUAGCCACACGUACUAUCUGAGCUUUGUGUAUACGCUGGAUCCGAACUCCAACCGGGGGGAGUACAUUGAGUGGCCGCAGUGGAAGGAAUCGCGGCAGUUGAUGAAUUUCGGAGCGAACGACGCCAGUCUCCUUACGGAUGAUUUCCGCAACGGGACAUAUGAGUUCAUCCUGCAGAAUACCGCGGCGUUCCACAUCUGA